GCAAUGGUUGCGCGAUUGGUGCUUAGCGUGUAGUAGUAUGCAUGCAUUAUACGAUCGAGUAUCCGCUCGGCCGGUCCCUCUGCGACAGAUACGGCGACCCGUCACUCAUAUUUCAAUGGCCGCCAUCAUGAACAUCAUAGUUAUGGCUACGGUGAAUGUGUGCGAGGAAUGUAGUGUUUGUAAACACGACUUCUUGAAAAUUUGGCGUUGAUGUACUGGACUUGAUUACUACAUUUGGACAUCCUGGUGAUACGGAAAUCGACCUGAAAACCUUAAAGGUUUACGUUAACAACAAUUUAUCAGACCUGAAACUGCCUCUGUACAUAUACAUUUGACUAUCCACCUGCUUAUAUUAACUGCAGCACAGUUUACUCUACCAGAUGUUUCACAGGAAAAUAUUCUUCUUAUACGAUCUCUACAGUAUAACCUGAAACCUGCAGACUUUUGUAACCUUAUAACAGGGUGCACAUCAGACCAGUGCUUGCCAUGUGUGCCUUUUGUGGCACAAACCGCAAAACGUCUGCAAUUCUCCCCCAGAAGACAUUCUUACUUCUACUCAAAUGUAGGAUAGCCACCUUCCCACCUAAGUAAUGAGCCAGCCACUGUUUGACCCCUCACCUUUCAUCACAAGUAGUCAUCAUGUAGUCAUGGCUGCAGGAACAGAUGUUGAAGCAGUUGACCAACCUGUGGCACCUGGGGAUGUGAAGAGUCAAAGCAUCUCAGCUCAGAGUACUCACAUGUCAAUGUCACAUUAUCUUGGUCUACCUUAUCAGGAUCAUAAUUAUGGGCAGCCUCCACCACCCACACCACCUCAGUCUCCCCCGCCCACCCUUGACACCAUCCCUGUCCUUCCGCUUAAUACCAUCUAUGAAAAUACCAAUCCUUCCUUCACCCCUCCUGAAGACAAUGUUGAUUCCCAAAAGGAUGAAGGAGUCACAAGAUGUAUCUGUACCUUUGACCAUGAUGAUGGCUACAUGAUCUGCUGUGAUAAGUGCUUGGUCUGGCAGCAUGUGGAGUGUAUGGGACUAGACAGGAAUAACAUUCCAGAUGUGUACUUCUGUGAGAGGUGCGAACCGAGGAUGGUGGACCAACAGCGAGCCCUUGAGUUGCAGACCAUAAAGCGCAAACACAUACUUGAACGACUAGACAGCAGUGAUGAUGACACCAAACGAAAACCCAAGAAGACAAGAUACUCCUCAAUCUCCAAUACCCCAACCAGUCUCACUCUUACCUCAACAAAAGGGAAGAACAAGAUGAAGAAGAAGAAGAAAAAGAAAGAAAAAGAGAAAAUUAGAGAAAAGAUGAAGGAAGAGGAGAAAGAUCAGAAACAAGAGAAACACCACAAGAAAAAGAAGAAGAAAAAGCAGUUUGAUUUGAUUUUGUCUUCACAGAGAAAGCACAGGAAGAAUCGAGGAAGGGCAGAGCCUGGAAUAGGGGAUUUGCUUCUUCAUGGAGAACAAAUAUUGGACAAUUCAGACAGCUUUGUCGAAGCAGCGGAGAACCAAUACAGCACGGAACUGAACCAGUACCUCUCCGACCAACGCCAAAAUGCAAUGUGGACCAUGCCUAGCCUUGGCUGCAUCCUUGAUGAUCUCUCACCCCAGAAGAUCAAGCUCGGUGCUACUGGAAGGACGGCUCGUGGGUUGUUGACUACCGAGGAGCUGGCUCCCAAUCAGCCCAUCGUGGAGUACCGUGGCAUGCUCAUGCUGAGGGAUCAGUUUGUUCCUGCCAAUGGAUGGACUAAAAAACCCUACCUUCAUGUACUGAUGUACACAAAGUUUAGUAACAUUGAACUCUGUGUUGAUGCAAGGAAGUACGGGAAUAUAGCGCGAUAUGUGAGGAAGUCAUGCUCUCCAAAUGCUGAGGUUCGACACGUUGCUAUCGAUGGUCUUCUUAGGCUGUACCUCUUCUCACUGGUUGACAUUUCCAAGGGCAGUGAAGUGACGGUGGCUUUUGACUUUAGCUACAAAGAUUGUACCCAUCCUGUGAAAUGUGCGUGCUCCAAGAAGAAUUGUCCUGUGAAGCGAUACUGGAGGAAACGACGAUCACUGGAGGCAAGAAAUCAGAAGAAACCUAGUGAUAGGGAAACAUCGGCAUCAUCAAAGAGAACUGUGUCACCCUUACGUGUCUCAUUGUCCGCUGCGAAUGGUGCAGAGAAGCGAGUUGAGCAAACCAUUGACCACAAGGAUGGAUCGAAAUUGGGUCAGGAAGAAAAGCCGCCAAAAAGCACCAAUGUAUCCCACCACAAGAGUAGGUCUAACAGGAACUCAGUGGAGAAGCCAACCAAAGAGGUGGUUGUUGAUGCUUCUUCAGACAAUGAACACAAAGAAAAGGUAGAUGUUGAAGCAGUAGACCCUCCUCAGCCUCAAGAUCCGAACAAGGAGAAAUCCACUUCAGGGAGCAGCGCACCCAAAGAGGAGGAGGCCACGCCGAGGUCGAAGAUGACUAGGGAGGAACGCAAGAUGGAAGCCAUCAUGAAAGCGUUUGCCAAGAUGGAGAAGGCGCAGGAGAGGAGACAGCAAGCUCUUGAGAGGCUAUCACAAUCAAAACCUCAAGAGGAUAAUGCGACUACUCCUUCGGCUGGAGAGGACGAGAAAGAGAUAGAGAAAGGCGAGAGCAAGAAAUCAGAUCAGCAGGAAGAGCAGAGUUUGCUACCCAGCAAGGACACAAAUCAAGUCACACAGAGUGACUCGGCCUCAGGAAAGGAUGAGCAGUGCAAGUCCAGCGACGCAACAACCAAAGAAGAAUCAUCAAGCAAUACCGUAGCACCAAUAACAACACCUCUUACAUCCAGGAAACCAAGGAGAAGGAGAAGAAGCACCAUGAGCAGUCGUAGAAGAAACCGGUCCAACAGCAUCACAUCUGCAGCAUCGGCGUCAACGAGUGUGGAGGUCUCUUCUGCUGAUGAUGACUCUAACCAAGCGCCCCCUCUAUUGAUGGGUGCAGAGAAGAGUACCUUUCCAUCGACACCCCUCUCCAUCUCGACAAGCAGCCUCGGCCAGGAGAAAGGGGAUGCUCCACUGGCAUCGCCCGGCUCCUCGAGUAGCAAAAGGUUUAGAUUCCCCAAGACGAAGAAGUUUUUCAUGAACGAAUGGCUGAAUGAGAAAGCCUAUGAAUCUUGGGCUGGCAAGCCGUUAACCAUCAAAACAGAGCAACUAGACCUGUCCUACUCCAGCAAUCUUUCAUCGCCAAACACUCCUCUGCUGCAGAGAUCUGGUUCCCUAUCUGCUCUGGUCAAAGAAACGAGGAAUAACCCUCUGGAAUCCAGUGGAGGACUUGCAGGGUCAGCAAAAAAGCGAUGGCUGCGCCAAGCCAUGAGUGAAGGAAACAGCAACCAAGAUCCAAUCACCUGUAAUGGUACAAUCAGUCCCAUUGCAAGCCCAGCUCUCUCACCAAAUACAAGUGCUUCAAGUGAUCUGAUGACUCCACUGAAGAAGCGCAUGCUGCGGCAUUCCAUGGCAGAAGAAGGUACUCUCGGUGGAUCGUCUCCCAAGCAUGAGCCCAGAACAAGCCAGGAAUCGUUAACGGCACCGGCUACUCCUGCCAACCAAGAUGAACCUGUAUCCGAAGAGGCCCCUAUCCUCAUCCAGGCAAAGGCAGAACUUGAACCUGUACAAGAAGAGGACUCCUUGUUUGUGACAUGUUCUGAAAGGAUGAAGAGUCAGUUUACUCUUACAUUCCCUCUACCAGCUAGGAAGGACGUGCGGAAGAACUCGUCCAUUGACAGUGGCCUUUCUGUCACUACACCCGCUGAGCUGGAAAAGUCACCUAUCACAAACAGAGCUGCACUGGAGGAGAGGUUGAGAGAUUUUUCAUCAGAAGGAACUUCAGGUCGGCAGGCCAACAAAGACACAUCACCAGAACUCGCAGCUAAGACUGCAGAAUGUCCUGAGGGUGAUGCCAAAGACACAAAUGAUCAUGUGGUGACUAUAGACAACAAUAAUCUUAUCAAGGACGAGUCGUUGAAAGAAAAUGAUGAGAGCAAAGAUAUGAUAGGAAACAAAGAAGAGAUUAAGUUGGUUGAAAAUAAAGAGAAUGCAAAAGAUGAAGUAGACGGAACUGUCAAUAUGGAAGUAGACGGAAGGACUAGGUCUCCAGUAGGAGAGAAAACUUUAGAGACCAAUAAUACAAUUGAUGUUGCUAUUGAUACUUCAGUGAAAGUUUCAACACCUGAACAAGAAAACACAGCAGUUGCAGUUGAGUCACAUGAAACGGCAAAGCCUGAACUCUUAGAUGAGAGCAAAAAUGAUGAUAUGGUGGAAAAAUCCAAAGAUCUAAAAAAUAAAUUGUUGACUAAUGUGACCAGGAAUGAUCUUAACUCUCUAUAUGUAAAUAGUUUGAGAACACGGCACGUUUCUGGCCCAGGAGCCAUGCAGGGACAUACAAACGAAUCUGGACCACUCACCUUGACUACUUCCUUUGCCGAUGAUCAUAAUGUUUCAUCGAGCAGCUUGUACACUCCUUUCUCACCUAAAAAGCGUCUUCUGAGACAGAACACGGAUCCCAGUGAGCGUGAUGCUGGGUUUUCGAUGGCUAACUCUUGGCCUCAGCAGAAAUUCACAUCACCACAGAGAUUCGUCAGUCCCAAAGACGAGUCUCAGGGACCAAAUCAAAAUCUUUCACACAAAGAUACUGUGACACCAACUGUUGGAGUGCCAUCAAGUGCACAACCAGUGCAGGGAUCACCUGAUAGGUUAUCUGCCUCAUGGGGAUCAGGUGUAAGGCCUUAUAUCAAUGGACAAGAAAUAUCACCAAAAAAAUUAGAUCCAGGAACAACUCCAUCACCAAGUCCAUCUCCAGGACUUUGUCCACCUGGUGCACCUGCUCAAGGUAGUGCAAAACCAGGAACCCCUCCUCUGUCAGCUGUUCGUAAUCUUGGAACCUCCUUAUCUGCUUCAGAGGGUAAUCAGGAAACAACAGAGGUCCAAACUUCACAAACUACUAGUAGUGUAUCAAGUAGCACGACAGGUGGCACAGCUAGUUCUGGAGAAAGUGCGCCAAACUCUGCACAGUCUACACCUGUCAAGAAAAAGGUAUCUUUAUUAGAGUACAGGAAGCGUAGAGGCUCGUCGGUGAAACCAGCUUCUUCAUCCUCCUCUUCCUCCGCCACCAGCACGUCCACAACCACAUCUACCACCUCCCUCGCUGCCAGUCUCGUAGCAACGUCCACAACAGGUUCUGGAAAGCUUCCGCUUAUCACGCUACCCAACAUCCCUCUACCCGAUAUCCCACCUGCAGACCCUCUCAAGGAUGAACCUGGAAAGAAAUCGUCCAAGGCUCCUACCAAGCUAUCAUCUUCCAGUCCGUCAACGACGACCCCUUCGCUGAAGACAGGGGUCAAAGGCACUCCUCCCAUAAAGAAUAGCAGCAGCAGCACCACCACCACCAGUAAAGCAGGGAAACCAGACUCAAAGUCAUCAGCUGGCUUUGCCAUAUUCAGUACUAAGACCAAAGAUGGUCAGACGCCCACAUUAACUCUGACCAGUGAAGCCCAACAGGUCAUCAACUCGAUUACUUCAUUAUUGAUGGAGGAAUCGCAUGUUCACAAUGGAGAUAUCAAGGACAGGACUAUCCGAAGGUCAGACAGUGUCCCGGGCGAUUCAAGAUAUUCCAGGAGGAACUACCAGGACAAACCCUGGGAGAAAGAUGGAAGAGGUGAUGCUGCUGGGAGCCUGAAGAGACCCCUGUCCCCUGAACCUCCCCCUCCUCCACCAGGCAAGAAGCUCUGUACAGGUCCUGUGCCCCCUCCUCCACCUCCAAAAGGUGCCAUCUCAAGAGAGGCAAGACCAGUGGAGAAUGGUCCGACAGGUCCCCUGAGACAGAACAGUGCACCCGGAGGCUGUGUUCCUGGUCCUGUGACAACAAACUCCCCUCUGAAGAAUGUGUCUGCAAAUGCUAUUCCUGCUCAGUAUGGGAUAGCUCAUCGGAACCAGAAUCCACAAUACCAAAUGCAGUAUAGUCAGCAGCCACCUCAACAACAGCCUCAAUUUGCGACCACUACCUACCAUCCUCAUCCAACGCAACCACAAGCCCCACAACCAUCCCUACCACAGCACCCCCAAGCGGCCAUCACCCAACCACAACAACAACAGCAGCAGCAGCAACAGCAAGCCCCAAGACCGGUACCACCUCCUCCUGUGCCACCGCCUCAGAAACAUGGCAAUUUCAACUUCCAAUACAAUGCCCAAUCUACAGAGAAAACUAAUGCUCCAGGAUUCCCCCAGCAGCAGCAGCAACAGCGUGUUGGCUACCCCACUCUACCCUACCGUCAGAACCAAAACCAGAUUAACAAUCACUUUGGGGUUCAGAACAAGUUCCCCACAAAUGGGCGCAAAUCCCCCUAUGGUAGCCAGGACUCCAAUAGACAACACAAUUUUUACAAUCGGGGCAAGAGCAAUGCGUAUCCUGCGCAGAAGAAUUUUCACGCAAAGUGAAGCCUGUCCGUUUAUUUAAAAAAAAAAAUCUUUGGAUUUUAGUCUGUAUAUAUUGCAAUUUCCAUAGAUGAUAAUGAAAUCAGAGAUGUCUUUGCCCUAUUCCUUGGAAAGACUGAACAUUUCUUGCAGACAAACAUAACUCAUUCUGGAUCACAUCAGUAAUCUUACCCGAUAUCACUUUUCACCCAAAUAAAAUUUAAGAUUUAAAAUAUCUGGAGUUCCUUCCCUAUGAAAAAAAAAGAAUGUUUAAAACCAAUGCUCAAGCAAGGAAUCGGGCACAAACUUAAGAAUAUGAUUAUUGUAUAUUUUUUUCUGAUAAGCAAUCACUUAAUUUGUAAGAUGACUUGUUUUAAGAAUCUGCCAAUAUAGACAGUGAUGUAAACAGUCACUUCACAUGUGAAACAUACAAAUGUAAGAUUAAAAUUUUGAUGAAAUUCACAUUAAUGAACCUUUUACCCAAGCUUUAGUCAGGCUUUAAGAAUAAAAUGAACAGAGUGAUUUACAACUGACAACUGUAAGAAAGUAUCCCGUCUCUUUCUGAAUAAUUAAAGCAAACUUCACUAUGUUUAGUUGAGCUACACUUUGAUGGAAUAGAACAUUUGUGAAUUCAAUCAUACUCCUCUGAAGUUUGAAACUUAUACGCAAAUUUCCAUUUUACUUGAUAACCAAUGCACAGUUGAAUUCUCAUUAGUUAAACUGUCAUCAUUUAACUGUCAUCUCAUCAGCACGCUGCAAUUUAGAGAGGGGUUUGUUUUUUUCUUUAAUGUUAUUACACCUGUUCCCUUAGAAGCAAAUUUACAUGUUAUUAAGCUUACUUGACACGAACUGGUUAUCACUAGAUGCCAUUUUGUGGUAAUAUCUUAUUCUUAAAUCAAGGAUAUCGUUCUAUGCAUCAAAAUAUGCAAUCUGACUCUCCUUUCAUUGUACAGACAAGCUUUUUGUUGUGUUGUUUAUGAGGUUUGAUUGUUGAGAUUUUUCUGUGGUUGAUGCGGACUUGUUUUUGUUGUUUGUUUUUGGAGAAGCUCUUUAUUGGGCCAUAUUUGUGCUAAAAUAUCAAAUGACAUUGAUCGUAGGGUACAUGCUAGGAAACCUAUUUAAUUGUUGUAGGCGGCCAGUGAUACAUGUACUUGCAAAAUCGUUGUGGCUUUUUGAUAACUUGGAACUGUUCUGUAUAAAUAUAGACGUGGAUCGAAAAUGGAUACUAAUUCCACGAGUAGUCUUGGAACACCAUGAGUGUUACUCUGAUAAUGAGAGCCUAUUGCAUAAUCUUGUUAUUAUAACAAAUUUUCAGUAGCAGUCAAAAGCUACUGACAUCAUUCAAUCUGAUCGGCAAAAAAUGAGUAUUUGUCGUAAUAACAAGUCUUUUUGAAACAGGAAACGUCAGACUAAACAAUAAUAUUGGUCCACACACUGCUAUGUAAUGCUAAGUUUCAUCGUACUCCUACAGUAUUCAUUACAAAGUUAAUGUAUCAAAUCUUUUGUUGAAAUUCAUUGUAUAGUGUGAACCCGCUCUUCCUGUUCCUUAGUCAUAAUGAAAUUAUCUUGUUUGACAAUGUUUCUCCUCAAAAUUUAAAUAAUUUACUUGGUAAUUGAGAUGACAACUGGCGCUCCGUAAAAGUGGUCUAAGUUAACCAAGGGUUAACAAAAUCAAUACUAGCUAUUAAACUUCCACCCUGUUAAUUCAUUUAAAUAUCAGGAAAGAAAAUCUAACAAUUGAAUAUAUUAUGGUUUUAUUUUUUUUCUCUUAAAAUCAUGCAUAUCAUUACAAACAUCUGUAUGACCCUGCCCACCCCCCCAACAGAGUAUUUCUUUUUCUUGACCAUGGUUCCAAAUGAGAUAAUCGUUUUGCAUAUUACAUGUGAAAUCCAUGUAUUUUUGGUGAUGUUUUUCAUUGUGUAUUUAUUUUUUUCGUCAUCCCAUGAUAUCAUUUUCUGACUUAAACAUUCAGGCUAAAUUAAUUUAUUUGUAUAAAAUCAGAAGAUAACCUAUCAUUUGUUAUAGAAAGUUUACAAAGAGUGACACAUUUUAAUUGUGUAUAGUUUAUCUUUGAAUUAUAUUUUUGAUGUCAUUGUCACAGCAUAGUAUUCUUUGAUAGACUUUCUAAAUGUCUAUUACCCAUAUGUAGAGAUUAUAGAAACUUUUUUUUAGCCAGAUUGUAUUCAUAAUUUCCCUUUUAUUCUGUGUGUAUUUUCUAUCUAAACUGAUCACCAAGGAAUCAUUGUUUACAGAUGUAUUGAUUUAAUUUCUUCAGUGGGAUAUAUUUAUUCAUUUUUUUUUGGGGGGGGGAAGCAUGUCAUUUCUUUUCCAUUAACACUGAAAAUCAAAUUAUCAGGUUUACUUUCACAAAAAUAUAUUGAUAUCUUUUUAAACACUUCAAUAAUAAGAUGGAAUAUAGGUCUAAAAAUCUAUUCCAAUAUCAGAGUGUAAACAAACAAAGAAGCACAAUUUUCAUAUCCUGUGUGUCUUUUUUUUCCUGUUGGUACACUAAUUAUUAAGGAGGGUAAUGAAGAUAACACUUGUUGAUCCUUUUCAGUUCCUGCGUGUAUUUCUUCCUGUUGGCACACUAAUGAAGUAAAUAAAGAUAAAGGUUAAUGAUCAUUUUCAAAGGUCAAGUCAAUGAUGUAGUUUUGUUUUCCUUUUCUUCAUUUUCUCUCUUAUACCUCUGUCACAUUUGCCCUAUGGCGGCCGUAUGGCAAGUCGAAAACAGCCAUUUUAAAGCGGUUUGUACCAGCAUGGACCAAGUGGGGUUUGAAUAAAAAUGAAUAAAAGGGCUGUUAUUGACUCACCACAAAUGUGACCGAGGUUUUAGUUAAAGGAACAGUUGUAGAAAGGUCACUGUUUGGGUCUUGGAAUGGUCGAGUUUCUGUGUCAUUGUAAAAUAGGACAGCUAUUUUUCUCAUACAGAUGAAUUUUCUCCCAGAUAUGCAUUUUUCAGAAUUUGUGUCGUGUUUAAUGAUAUUAAUGUGUUGAUUACCUAAGAAAAAUGUUCCUUGCCGAUAACUUAAGUGUAUAUACACUCCAUUGUAAUUAUCUAGCAUCUGUAUAUAUGUAUUAUAAAUAUGUAUGAACUGUAAAUUACAUUCUGAAUGUAAAUAGUUUUAAAUUGUGUUUGUGUCUGUUUAUUUUGAUAUCGCUUGUAAAACUGUACUCUAUGUAUUUCUUUGUUGGAUAACUAUUUUUGUACCUGCACCAACUGCUCUGAAUAGACCAUAUCAUAACCAUCAUAUUCUACUCUUCAUUAAAGUAAUUUCACAAUAUGAUCCUUAUUCAACUAAAUGUAAAACCAUAGACUUGUUUAAAUAUGUAAAAGGAGGAUGAAAUUGGCUGAUUCUAUUUAUUUGAUAUGAAGUUUGUUCAGAUUGGUAAGGAAAGAAAUUACAUUAAUUCUAAUUUAUUCCAUUGCAGCUUUCCUUGAUGAAUACUCACUUUGCAGGACACUCUUUAUUUCAUAUUGUUUUCCAUAGAGUUAGACUGUACAAAGUGUACAUGUGUAUGUAAGAUAAAUUGCCUUUUUUGUCCACUGAGCUAGUCUGUAUUGAUAAUAAUACAUACUCCUUGGUCAUAUUAGCAUUCUGCUGAAUGGCCGACCGACAUACAGAGAAUAAAUAUAUUGAAGACAACUAA